AUGUGCUCACACCUAAAGGUCUCCCAGCCCCUCAUACCAGUUCGCUGUCCCUCUGAAUCUGGGUUGAAGCAGAGUUGUGUUGUGGCUGGGUGGGCUGCGUGGGCUUCUGGGGGACACGAGGGCACUCGGGACGAGGCGAGGGCGCAGAAAAGUUGGAGCCCAAUCAGCACGGAGUUGAGCUUCCGCGCCCCAACCUUCAGGAUCCUGGUGGAGGAAAGCAAGGAGGCCACUCACGGCACUCCCGCAGCGCUGAGGACGCUCCGGAGCCCGGCGACCGCGGUACCGCGCGCCACGAACAGCACAUAUCUGAAUGAGAAGUCGCUCCAACUGACGGAGAAAUGCAAAAAUCUGCAAUAUGGCAUUGAGUCUUUCUCUAACAAAACGAAAGGGUAUUCAGAGAACGACUACCUUCAGAUUAUCACAGAUAUACAGAGUUGUCCAUGGAAACGGCAAGCAGAAGAAUAUGCAAAUUUUAGAGCAAAACUUGCUUCCUGCUGUGAUGCUGUUCAAAACUUUGUUGUUUCUCAGAAUAACACUCCAGUUGGGACUAACAUGAGUUACGAGGUGGAAAGCAAAAAGAAAAUCCCAAUUAAAAAGAACAUUUUUCAUAUGUUUCCAGUGUCCCAGCCUUUUGUGGAGUACCCUUAUAAUCAGUGUGCAGUGGUCGGAAAUGGGGGAAUUCUGAAUAAGUCUCUCUGUGGAGCUGAAAUAGAUAAAUCCGACUUCGUUUUUAGGUGUAACCUCCCCCCAACCACAGGAGAUGUUAGUAAAGAUGUUGGCAGUAAAACAAAUCUUGUGACUAUAAAUCCUAGUAUCAUAACUCUGAAAUAUGGGAACUUAAAGGAAAAAAGAGCCCUAUUUCUGGAGGACAUUGCAACCUAUGGAGAUGCAUUUUUUCUUCUGCCAGCAUUUUCCUUCAGGGCCAACACGGGUACCUCUUUUAAAGUGUACUACACGCUCGAAGAGUCUAAAGCAAGACAAAAGGUUCUAUUUUUCCAUCCCAAGUACCUGAAACAUCUGGCCCUUUUCUGGAGAACUAAAGGUGUGACUGCAUACCGCUUGUCCACUGGCUUGAUGAUCACAAGUGUUGCAGUGGAACUGUGUGAAAACGUGAAGCUGUAUGGAUUCUGGCCCUUCUCUAAAACUGUAGAAGACAUACCUGUCAGCCAUCACUAUUAUGACAACAAGCUACCUAAACGUGGCUUCCAUCAGAUGCCCAAAGAAUACAGCCAGAUCCUCCAACUUCACAUGAAAGGAAUCCUCAAACUGCAAUUUAGCAAAUGUGAAGUCGCCUAAACAAAGUAUCUUAAAAUGGGAAUAAUUUUAAUAUAAUGCAGUAGGUGAUUAACAGUGUCUCCAAACACCAAAGGAGGUGGCUACAGAGUAUUCUAAGACGAGCCCCCAAAUUUGGUUUGACCAAAGCUUCCCCACUCAUUUUGCAAUGAUGGCAAGUAAUUCAAUCCUUCUAAUCUUCAUUUUUUCUCCUUGUAAUUUGGACACCAUGAUAUCUGACUCAUACAAAUUUUUGUAAUUUAUGAAAAUUAUUGACAUGGCCUUUGGUGUGAGGUAGGAACUCAAAGAAUAUUUCUUUGUUACUAUUUAUACCAGCCAUCUCCACCUUCACCAGACCGAUAAUAAAAGCAUGCUGUCUUGGACAUCUCCUCUAAAGAGAAUAGCUACAUUACCAGUAUCCAUUGGAUUUCUUUCUGUGGCAGGUCUCUAUCAAUAAUAUCCUUCCCAUUUUUCUGCCUCAAUGACUGCAUACAAGAAAAUUAUACACUUAAACAAGAAAUUCGUGAUAAUUCAGGAAUGAAAUUCUUCUGAGUAUGGCAGUAUGCCCGCUUCUGAUUAAAUUCACUUUUAAUAGUAGCUGUGAUGAUAUGUUGGUUGGAUUUAAGCCAUUUAUUUUCCUCUUCUGUCUACAUUUUUUCAUCACUUCAUAAUUUUAUUUUAACUUCCUGCCUCAUUCUUACACCUUUUUCUCUCUCACUUAUACGUUGUACUUCAAGGACAUGAACGGUUACAAUACCCAGUCUUUGUUACCUGUUGUCUUGUCUGUGGGGUCACUCAUUCAAUUUUGUUUUAAAAUAAUUCAAUAACUACUUCAUGCCAGGCCCUGCACCAGGCUUUGUGAGAGGGCGAGAAGGAUUAUUGUCUCUCAUAGGAGAAAACAGAUGUGCAUAUCAUUAAUUAUGAUAGUGUAUGAUAAGUAUUAUAAUGACAAAAACUAUGAAUCAAGUGCUGCAAGGAACAGAAGCAGGGAUAAUUAAAUCCAUUUCAGUGGAAUCUAUUUCAAUGUACAAUAGUCUCCCCUAAUCUGCAGAUAUGGGAAGACCCCCUGUGGAUGCCUGAAACCAUUGAUGAUAUUAGGAAUAUAUAAUUGAUUAGUAAAGGUAACAAAAUAUACUGAAAUAAAUAUACAAUGUGGGGACUUUAUAUGCUAUUUUAAUAAAAAUUACAUAUAGUUAGGACAUUUAGAGCUUACUUUUUUCCCCAUAUAAUAUCCUAUCCUGACUUAAAUAUUUUUCUGUAGAACAUCAAGACAGAAUCCCUAGUGUCACUGAUAUGGAUUUCAGAAAUAUUCCAAAUGGCGUGAGAUCAAAGAGCAUAAUGAUACCCAUGUUCCAGUAAAAACUUAGGCUAAAAAAAAUGUUUGCGGGUUUUCUUUUGUGGAGAAAAUUGUAGACAUUUCCACAUUAACACAUCUGAAGUUUCUGGUUCGACAGCUGUGUUGCCAUCCUAAAAGCAUGUUUGAAAUUUUACAACAAUCCUACCUAGAUUCACAUUAGCCAAAAAUCUUUGUGUAAACAGACACCCAGAGAUUUCAUUAAGUGUGUUAUAGUCAGAAUUGGUGGUAAUUAAUCUACAGAUCUGCAAAAUAGUGUUCAUAGCUUUUCUUUUUAUUUUGAUCUUGGUGGAAAAACUUGCAGUAACUCACCAUUACAGAGCGACAAGAACUGUGACUCAUGUUUUAUUAUUUACAUAGCUGAUGUGGUGUAUUGUCGAUAUCCAUAUUCUGUCAUAUUUAGACACAUUCAUUGUGACACAUAUAACAUGUGCAUUCUUUUUACCUUUUUCUCAAGUGGGUCUGUAGUUGUGAUUUCACAACAGAUUGGGGUUGUUGGGCAUUACUUAGAACUUUAUAAAAUGCGAUAGAACAUGAAUGUUGACAAUAUAACAUAUGGCCAUAUAAACUGUAAAACAUAAGUCACAGGUCUUUUUGUUCUGUGGUAGUGAAUUAUUGCAAAUUUUUCAAGAGCAAAGCAAACAGAAAAACUAUCAAUUGCAUGUUGUAGAUUUGUAGAUUCACCACAACCAAGUCUGACUGUGACACUGUGUGUGUAAUCAGCAUAGCUUAAAUGUUGUUAGAUCUAAUGUGAUCUUCUGCUCUUAAAGCCCAAGUACAACCAAGGGCAAUGAGAAUGGAAAGUCUGAGUUCUGGUACUAGGCAAGAGUAGCACUUUAGGCUAGGCACAAUGGCUCACACCUAUAAUCCCAGCACUUUAGGAGGUCAAGGUGGGUGGGUCG